AUGUCAUACACGAAGCAGAAAAGAGGAAGCAGCCAACUAUGCUAUAUGGACGAAGGGAAUAUCCACCACGCUAGGCUCCUAGACGACUCAUCAACUGCAUUGCUCCCAACUGAGCCAAUCAUUCAAUGUGGAGAGUUUAUCUCACUGUUUAGUUGUGGCUUCAAGACCCUCUUUGCUGGAUCAUCCGGUGGAGAAUCCAGGUCUCUACGAUCUUUAUCCCAUGUAGCCCCUCAGAUAUUCAGCUUGGGCUACCGCGAGGCCAUGAACAACCGCGCACAGUUUAUACCGCCAAUCUCCAGAUCUAUCGCCUCCAUUCUCAAGACAACAAACGAUGCAUCCCUGCGAGAUAAAGCCAAAUUGCUUGGAGCGCAAGUCUCUACAUCUGGAACAGAUUCCCCUGCACAGGAAUGGGAAGCGCAAAGACUCACGAUACAACGCUCCCUCUGGCGCAUUGCCCAGAAGCAACUUUACAAACCCGGCUCAUCACGGAAUUUGUGCCUUGUGGAUCCUGCUCCCGGAAGGGGGUCUAUCAUGCAACCAUCGGACGACAUUUUGUUCUCCGAAAGCUGCUCUGACGGAACACCCGGUGGUGAUGAUGACCAUGACAGCCUAGAGUACUACUUUGGAGCCGACGAUGAGGCACUCAGCUUUUACGGGAUGGACGAUGAAGGAUCUAUCAUCUGCAUGAAGGAGGAUAUCUCAGAAGACUCAGAUGAAAUAUUAUGCCACUCUGAAAUCGAUGAUAAUGCUCCAGAGGAUCUAGCCCUAUUUGUGCUUGAAGACCAGGAAACCUUUGCAUCUAUGCAUGAUCUGAUGAUGUCACGUCUGGGCGCGGAAGAUAUUCUUCAACCCUUGAGCGAUGGGUUUAGUGAUGAAAGCGUCGAAGAUAUGCUCUGUGACGGAAUUUAG